UGUCGCCUUGACAACCGGGCCUCCGGCAACGGCGGCGCCGACAAGUCGUUGAGGCUCCGGACCUCGCCGGGCGCGGCUGGGCCCGCGCCGGACAGUGCCCCAGCUCCACCCGCACAGGGACUAUGAGAAAAUGGUGGGGCAAACGAGGAAUAAGCUCAGAGAAGCGGCUGCAGAGCCGUCUCAAGCCCGCCCGGCAGUCGAGGCGUCGGCGCCGGGCCACGGGAGCCGGGGAGCCGGAGAUGGAGGAGGGGAAGACGAAGGCGGUGGAAAAGCCCGAGCCGCCCUCGCAGCCUCCUCCGCCUCCGCCCGUAGGCGGCGGGAACCUGCCGGGGGGCUCCCGGGAGUACUCGCCGCGGAGGACCCGAAACCUGAACGCGCAAAAUUGCCUGCAGCUGGAGGUGGUCGCCAGGACGCUUCUCCUUGGCCGCUUCCAGUUCCUCAACUGCUUCCUGGAGCUGCUCCGCGAAAAGGUGCUCGUCUUGCAGAUGCGUCGGUUCUCGAACAGGACCACCCUCAGCAUAGCUGCCUUUGUGGGACUUCUACACUGGAUACAUUUAGUAACUCUUUUUGAAAAUGACCGUCAUUUUUCUCACCUCUCAUCUUUGGAACGAGAGAUGACUUUUCGCACUGAAAUGGGACUUUAUUAUUCCUACUUCAAGACCAUCAUUGAAGCCCCUUCCUUUUUGGAAGGACUGUGGAUGAUUAUGAAUGAUAGACUUACUGAAUAUCCCCUUGUGAUCAAUACAGUGAAGCGCUUCCACCUUUACCCAGAGGUAAUCUUAGCUUUCUGGUAUCGCACAUUCAUGGGAAUAAUGAAUUUGUUUGGGCUAGAAGCUAAGACCUGCUGGAAUGUCACCAGGAUAGAACCUCUUAAUGAAGUUCAAAGCUGUGAAGGAUUGGGAGAUCCUGCUUGCUUUUACGUUGCUGUAAUUUUUAUUUUAAAUGGACUAAUGAUGGGAUUGUUCUUCUUGUAUGGUGCAUACUUGAGUGGGACUCAGCUAGGAGGUCUAAUUACAGUAAUGUGCUACUUUUUCAACCAUGGAGAGGCUACCCGUGUGAUGUGGACGCCGCCUCUGCGUGAGAGUUUUUCAUAUCCAUUCCUUGUACUUCAGAUGUGGAUUUUAACCAUGAUUCUCAGGACCUCGACCUCAAGCAACCAUAGAAGCCAGCACAUCGCUCUCUGCCUUUCCAACAUCGCUUUCAUGCUUCCCUGGCAGUUUGCUCAGUUUAUACUUUUUACACAGAUAGCUUCAUUAUUUCCCAUGUAUGUUGUGGGGUACAUUGAACCAAACAAAUUUCAGAAGAUCAUUUAUAUGAACAUGAUCUCAGUUCUCCUUUGUUUCAUUCUGAUGUUUGGAAAUCCCAUGUAUUUAUCUUCUUAUUAUUCUUCAUCUUUGUUAACGACGUGGGCAAUAAUUCAACAUAGAUGUAAAAUUCAAAGAUUGGGAGUGUCUGAACUCAACUAUUGGCUUAUUCAAGGUUGUGCUUGGUGGUGUGGAACAAUCAUUUUAAAAUUUCUGACAUCUAAAAUUUUAGGUGUUUCGGACCACAUUCGCCUAAGCGACCUCAUAGCAGCCAGAAUCUUAAGGUAUACGGAUUUCGAUACUUUAAUAUACACCUGUGCGCCUGAAUUUGACUUCAUGGAACAAGCGACUCCACUGAGAUACACAAAGACAUUAUUGCUUCCAGUUGUCAUGAUGGUUACUUGUUUUAUCUUUAAGAAGACUACUCGUGAUAUCUCAUGUGUCUUAUCUACAAACACUUAUCUAAGAAAACAGCUCCUUGAGCAUGGUGAGCUGAUUUUUCAUGCACUGCAGUUGUUGGCAUUUACUGGCCUUGCCGUUUUAAUUAUGAGGCUGAAGCUGUUUUUGACACCACACAUGUGUAUUAUGGCUUCCUUGCUCUGCUCACGACGGCUCUUUGGCUGGCUUUUUUGCAGAACGUUUGAGAAUGUUAUCUUUGGCAUUUUAACAGUGAUGUCAUUACAAGUGUGCAACCUCCAUAAUCAAUGGAGCAUAAUAGGAGAAUUUAAUAAUUUGCCUCAGGAAGAACUUAUUCACUGGAUCAGAUACAAUACCAGACCAGGUAUGUGGCUAUUUGAUUAUACGUAUGUUUAG